UUCCGGCAGGUCUGUGAGGAGCCAUGCAGCGCGCGGCGGCGCCGGCGCCUUGCCCGGGCUCGGUGGAGAAGAAGAAGAAAAUUAAGAAAAAAAAGAAAACGAAGAAAAUGACAAAAGUAGUGAACCGGCUCCAGCCGCGCGCCGACGAGGCGGCGGCAGCUGAGGAGGCGGCAGCACAGCAGGCGGCGGAGGAAGCCUCUCGCCGCGCCCGGCACUUGCAGGCCCUUGGCCGCGCGUCGGGCGCCGAGCGGGAGCUGGAGGAGCUCGUGUUCGGGGACAGCCUCAGCGUGGGGGAGGACGAGCUGCUGCAGCGCCUGGCCGGACCCCAGUGGCUGAAGGCUACAGAGGGGAAAAGUCUCCGGGACGACUCCAGCGAUUCGGAGGUAGAAAAUGAAGCAAAAGGUGAAAUCCUGUCUAAAAAACCGGCCUGGGUGGAUGAAGAUGAUGAAGCUGAGGAAAAUGUUGAUAUGACCCAUAAGUAUAGGAAAGACUUCAUGAAGAGUGAUGCUGAGAAAGUCCUUACUAAGAAAAAGCUAAAAAGGAGACUUGAAGAACAGUUUCAGCGAGCUAUGGGAGGAGUUCCUGCCUGGGCUGAUUUAGAAAACAGGAAGAAACACAAAAGGAUUGCAAGUGAUAGUGAUAGUCAUGAAGAUGAAGAUGAUGAUUUGCUAUGCAGGACUGGCAAUUUCAUAUCAAACUCAGAGUCCCUGCCAAAAGGUAUUUUGAAGAUGAGUACCUGCUUGCCUGCUAAUCAGGAACGUUUUGCUGAUGGAAGAUUGGUAACUGUACAGUUUCACCCAUCUGCUCAAGUAGUCAUGACUGCUGGACAUGAUCGAUCUGUGUCACUUUUUCAGGUUGAUGGUAUAAAGAAUCCAAGAAUACAGAGCAUCUAUUUAGAGAGUUUUCCAGUCUAUAAGGCUCGUUUCAGUGUUGAUGGAGAACAAGUUAUAGCUACUGGUACUCACCAUAAAAUGUUCUUUGUGUAUGACAUGAUGAAUGGAAGUAUCAUUCCUAUAGAGAGAGUAAGAGGUGUGGAGGAAAGAUUUCUCAAAAAUUUCGAAGUGUCUCCAGAUGGAUCAUUUAUGCUUCUAACUGGAACUUCAGGUUAUCUUCACUUGUUGUCAAUGAAGACAAAGGAACUGAUUAGCACUAUGAAAGUAAAUGGAAGAUGCACUGCAACUGCUUUCACUCCAGACAGCAGUAAAAUAUAUAGUUAUUCGAAGGAAGGUGAAGUUUUCAUUUGGGAUGUGAGAAGCAGGAAGUGUCUACAUAAAUUUGAAGAUGAGGGUUCUUUGGAAGGAAAGUGCAUUGCUGUUUCAAAAAAUAACCAGUAUGUGGCAUGUGGUUCAGCUUCUGGAGUUGUAAAUCUAUAUACCACUGACGUCUGUCUCAAAGAAAACCAUCCUAAACCAGUUAAAGCCAUAAUGAACCUAGUUACAUCUGCUACGUGUGUGACCUUCAAUCCCACCACAGAAAUUUUGGCAGUGGCUUCCCGUGAAGCUGAUGAGGCUGUGAAAUUGGUACACAUUCCUUCAUAUACUGUAUUCUCAAACUUCCCAGUGUUCAGAAGAAAACAGAUUUAUCUUGCCCAAUCUAUGGACUUUUCUCCCAGAAGUGGUUUUUUCUCUGUAGCAAAUAACAAAGGCAAAGCUUUGUUAUUUAGGCUGAAACAUUAUUCAGAUUUUUAAAAGAAGAUACAGGAGAAAAUGGACCAGUAACUGAGGUGCUGGAACCUGCAGAUACAAGUAUGCUGACAAAAUCAAAGAAGUUUUUUUUUAAUUUUAUAUGGAAGUUCAAAAAUACUAAUAUAACAUCUGUUUUUGAAUGUUGUUCCUUAAUAAAUGUACCUGAUAAGUUUCCAGGCAAGUUCUUUCAACUUUUUCCGAUGUUUUGUGUAAGCAAAUUAUUAAGUAGAUUUUAACAGUUGGCAUUCAAGCUAAUGUUGUCAAGGAAUGCUUAAAUGUGUUUAGUUAUUAUGAGCAUAUGAAGUAUUCCAGUGCUGAAACAGAAACCAGCUCUGCUCUUUUCCAUCUGCGGGAUUCAUCUGAUGCGGGUUGGAAACAGCAUUUUUCUAACUGGAGGAGCAAAUCAACCUGGAAACCCUGUUAAUGCAGGUGGUGUGGGACAGCUACAGCUUAAAGAUUGGCCAAACCAAAAGGCGAGAAACACCCACCUCAGUUGUGCUUACUGCCUCCCGUGUGUCACAACUGUAUGCAAUGUGGUUUUAAUUCUCAAAGGAAGACCCCGUUCUUUCUGUGAAAGCAAAGCAUCUUGAGUAUACCUUCAUACUUAAUUUUUAAAUGAAUUGUGAAAUUCUAAUACCAUUGGGCUCACCUAGCAAGGACUGCUUUACAGCUGUUUUUGCCGCUUCUUUGUCUGAUGGCAAAUACUGCCCCUCUGGUCACUUUGUUCCUGAAGUGGACACCUCUUCCUUUUUAAAUACAUGGACAAAACAUUGACUAGGAAUCAGCUACAAUAAAACUCCUGCUUUGAGAGUAAA